CGAAUAUAAGAAGAUAAAAGCAUGAGAAGAUGAUGAUAGAUAGACAUGAGCAAAUCUCACGGAUGUUUUAGCUCUCGAGAGAUUCCGCCAUGGAUGUCGCUUCUGCUCGGGGCAUCAUCUCUUCACAUCCUCCAUAUUAUAGUAAACCCAUCUGUUCAUCACAGUCAUCGUUGAUUCGGAUUCCGAUCAAUAAAGGAUGUCUCUUUGGUCGUGUUUUUAGCUUGAGUGCUACUUCCCUUCAUGGUAAGGCCCCUCAGAGAGGGGAAACAAGGCGUAGUGUUGGUGUACAAUGCUCUAUAAGAUGUGACCCUUUCAAAGUUCAUGAUAAGAAGAACUCACGGAGGUUAUUAAGUGUGAGGUCGGAUCUUUCAGGAGCUGCUGCAACCCCUGAAUCUACUACUUAUCCAGAACCAGAGAUUAAGUUGAGCUCAAGACUCAGAGGGAUAUGCUUUUGCCUCGUCGCUGGCGUUUCCGCCAUUCUUCUCAUCGUCCUGAUGAUCAUUGGCCAUCCUUUCGUCCUUCUCUUCGACCGCUACAGGAGAAAGUUCCAUCACUUCGUUGCUAAACUCUGGGCUUCAAUAAGCAUCUACCCGUUCUACAAAACCGACAUCCAAGGUCUGGAGAAUCUGCCGUCAUCCGACACUCCUUGUGUAUAUGUUUCAAACCACCAGAGUUUUCUGGAUAUAUACACGCUUCUCAGCCUUGGCCAAAGCUAUAAGUUCAUCAGCAAGACGGGGAUAUUCGUUAUUCCUGUCAUCGGUUGGGCCAUGUCCAUGAUGGGCGUUGUUCCCUUGAAGCGGAUGGACCCAAGAAGCCAAGUGGAUUGCUUGAAACGAUGCAUGGAGCUAGUGAAGAAGGGAGCAUCUGUGUUUUUCUUCCCGGAAGGAACGCGGAGUAAGGAUGGUCGGUUAGGUGCUUUCAAGAAAGGUGCGUUUACGGUAGCAGCUAAGACAGGAGUUCCAGUAGUGCCAAUAACGCUGAUGGGAACAGGGAAGAUCAUGCCUACGGGUAGUGAAGGUAUACUGAAUCAUGGGAAUGUGAGAGUGAUCAUCCACAAGCCGAUAUACGGAAGCAAAGCUGAUGUUCUUUGUGACGAGGCCAGGAACAAGAUAGCGGAAUCUAUGAAUCUCUUGAGCUGAAACCUUGUUUUUACUUGUUUUUUUAAUCAGUGGCUCUGAUGAAACAAUGAGAAAGGCUAUGUCAAUUUUUACAUGUGGAAGAACAAAACAUGUUCGGAAUUAUUGUUUUAAAAAUAAAAUUAGGCUUUUCUA